GCACUUCCGAAUCGCGGGCCGGCUGCGCUAGAGGAGUCCGCUAUCAGGCCGCCCGUCCGUUAUCGGCGCUAUCAGACGAGGCGAGCAGCGGGCGCGGCCGGCAGGUGCCAGGUGUCGCCAUUGUGAGCCGAGGCAGCCGCGGACGCAGCCAUGGACCUCUUCUUCAUUGUGUCGGUGGUCAUCAAGGUGCUCAAGCUGGCGCUGAACAUUGUGGCGCUGAUCCUGUACCGCUCGGGCAACAACGGCGACUUCCUGGGCGUGGGCGGCAGCUGGAACAUCAACGACGAGAAGGACCCUGACGCCGAGAUGGUCGCCUCUGGGGUGAUGGUGGGCUUCUUCAUCUACACCUUCUCCGCGCUCGUCGCCAGCUGCCUCGGCCAGAGGAGGACGCUCACGGACGCGCUGCUCAACUUCGCGGGCACGUUCCUGUGGGUGGCGGUGGGCGCGACGGCGCUGCACUACUGGGUGCGCUACCAGAGCGAAUACCAGUACCAGUUCCUGGAGGUCAGCGCCGAGAAGAAGGUGGGCAUCGCGCUGGGCGCGCUCUGCGUCUUCAACGGCGUCGGCUACCUGCUCGACACCGGCAUCGAGUCCUACGUCUACUUCAAGGAGAUGUAGCUGCUGCACAGACUCCAGCCAAAGCCUCCCACAGACAGUCCACUGUGCACAAAUACGUACUGCGACUGCUUACUGACUGCUAACAAGCAUACUGUGUCAGACAAAUGCAGGCAACUCUGUUGCGCUUUCUCUAACACGUGUGUGUGUGUGUGUGUGUGUGUGUGUGUGUGUGUGUGUGUGUGUGUGUGUGUGUGUGUGUGUGUCCAGACAUUUCAUUUCAUUAGCAUUAGAUUAGAUUAGAAACAUACUAAAUGCAACAAAUACCAGUGGUUGGAGAUUUUGCACAGUUUAACAUAGAAUUCAUUACUGUAGUACGUGUUAGAAAACACGUAGUUCAUAAACACAGUGAAACUGGUAGAGUAACAAGCGCUGUCACAUGUGACAAACAAUAUUUCCGAGUAUCGCCUCCAACUGUUGUCGAUCUCCAACUUUAAGACGGUGCCCUCACAUGUAAACAAGGCAAGGAAUUUUUAUGUAGUUGUUACGAAAAUCCACACAUAAUCACUUCACUAUCUUAAUUGAUUUUUAAAUUCUCAGAGCUCGCAAUAAGUACACUACUCCAUGUACGAAGUAUUGUUGUGAUCUAACAUACGAAACAUCAAAUGAACAGCUCGUAGUCUCGAAUAUUUCAGCCUGCACUCAGAUAAAUAAAAACUGUACACUUCCAACAAUUCAGAGUGGUAAGAACAUGACACACCAGUAGAUACAGUAUAUAGGUCCAGAUUUCUUAGGAAAUCUACUAACAUUCGUAAUAAAUUUCUCCAUCACAAUAUAUGUUAAGAAACUAUAUGAUGACUGCUAAUAUAACAAGAAAAAACUUUUUGUGUGUAACAUGUAGCUGUACCAGUGUAUGUUUUUGAUAAUAAAACAUUUAUUUAUACAUGUGAGAAACAAUAUUUCCGAGUAUCACCUCAAACUGUUGUCGAUCUACAACUUUAGGACGGUGCCCUCACAUGAAAACGAGACAAGGAAUUCUUAUCUAGUUGUUUCGAAAAUCCACACAUAAUCACUUCACUAUCUUAAUUGAUUUUUUAAUUCUCAGAGCUGGCAAUAAGUACGAAGUAUUGUUGUGAUCUAGCAUACGAAACAUCAAAUGAACAGCUCGUAGUCUGGACUAACAUGAAAUGAACAGCUCGUAUUCUCGAAUAUUUCAGACUGCACUCAGAUAAAUAAAAGCUGUAACAAUUCAGAGUGGUAAAAACAUGACACACCAGUAGAUACAGUAUAUAGAUCAGAUUUCUUAGGAAAUCUACUGACAUUCGUAAUAAAUUUCUCCAUUACAAUAUAUGUUAAGGAACAAUAUGCUGAUUGCUAAUAUAACGAUUUUUUUUUUUUUUGGUGUAAGACAGAAUCUAAUUGAGGAUACAUACGAGACUAUAAUGUGUAGCUGUACCAGUGUAUGUUUUUGAUAAUAAAACAUUUAUUUGUACAAUA